AUGCCUUUCUGUGGUUGUCUUAAGAAACCAACCAGUCUUGAAGAUCUACUAAAACACAAAAAAGUAAAGGAACUCAAGGUGAAAACACCCCGAUCAAAGGUGAACAUGCGCAUUGUCAUAAAAUGCAACAGCCCAGUCGUGUUCAUCGUGGGCCCUCCGGGUGUAGGCAAGAAGAGACAGGCAAAUGCGAUCGCCAAGAGGUUCGGGUACGUGCACUUCGACGUCCCAGAUUUAGUGAAGGUGGAAGCGAUGCAGAACACUCCUCGAGAAGCCGGCGGCGUGGCUGGUGACGGGCUUCCCGUGCCUGCUGCAGGAGGCGCUCAUGUUCGAGGAGGAGGCGUGAAAAUCCCGUCGCGCCUUCGAGAGCACCUCAUCAUGUUCGGGGAACACCUGAUGCCGCUGCUGGCUGCCUACGACGACCGCGUGGAGCAGGUGGUGCUGGUGGAGAACGAGGAUUUG